CGCGGGGACUACACAAUGGCACAACUGCCUAUUUCUAACGAAUGUGCAGGCAGCCCUGGAGAGUGGUCGUGCUGCUGUGGUGUCUGGUGGUGAGUCGUUCGAGCGGCCAGAGGAACACAGACUUCUACUCGACUGUGUCCGGCCUCUCCGAUCUCAUCCACGUCGAAACCCGAGUAAAGGUCGACCUCCUCAGCUACGUGGAACGCAUAAAGGUUCUUCGAGACAGCAUACUCAAUUUUGUCCAGGACAGGCAGCCCUACGAGGACUUGACGUCAACUUCCGCUGUCUCUGAAUACCUCAAGCACCCAGUGCACGCCUUCCACUUGAUCAAGAGGAUGACCGCUGGCCUUGGGGCAAUAGAAGCAGAGAUAAACAACACGCGAGAGUUUGAUCCUCUGGUGAACAUCGAAGCAAUGCGCGAGAAGCGGCAGCUUCCAUGGGACGAAGACUUUACGGGGCUUGCGACGUCACUCGUGACCCUUCAGGACACGUACGUUCUGGACUUACAUGAACUGACUAAGGGACACCUCCACACAGAGAUUCCGCGCAACCGGACAAUUCCUGGACGUCUUCCGCUUGACGCUCGGGACUGCCUGAACCUCAGCCAAGUAGCCCUCCACCAUCGCUUCUACUACCGCGCCAAGAAAUGGGCCGAGCAGGCGAUAGCCAUGGCCGCCGACGAAGAACCCCCCACCAUCCCCAAACUAGAGCUGGACACCCAUCACGAGGUCGUCAAGAACAAGUACAACGAAUUCGUGAGCACCAUGAAAAAAGCAGAAGAUGAGCCGAAACACAAAGUACCUGUACGAGAUCCCACAAAGCACUCUGCAGAGGUCAUAGAGCACCAGAACUACAAGCGACUUUGCCGCGGAGAGCUGCUCAGGAGUCCACAGAUGGACAGCCAGCUGAGGUGUCGAUACUACAAGGGCCAAGAUGGCUUCUUUGCACUACAGCCGGUCAAGCUAGAAGAAGUCAACCUCAAGCCUUACAUCAUCGUGAUGCAUAAUGUCGUUCAAGACAGAGACAUCAAAGACAUGAUAGCUUUCGCCGAACCACGGCUGCAACGAUCCAUGACGUACACCAUUGACAAGGUGCCGAGCCCAGUGCGAACCAGCUCACAAGCGUGGCUGGGGGAUGAUAGUGCACCGAUCGCAAACAGAAUGAAUAGGUAUUUGCGGGCGCUCGUAGGUAUGGGCGCCUCAGGCUCCAAUUUGGAUGCAGAGCCAUACCAGCUGGCCAACUACGGCAUUGGAGGGCAGUACUUGCCGCACAACGACUACCUUCAAGACGCAUUGCUCGCCAAUACGUCCGAAUAUUACGUUCAUCAUAAAGCAGGUGACAGAGUGGCCACGCUUAUGAUCUACAUGACUGACGUCGAGGAGGGCGGAGCCACAGUCUUCCCAAAGGUCGGAGUAAGACUAACACCCAGAAAGGGCGAUGCUGCGUUCUGGUGGAACCUUAAGUCGAGUGGGGAAGGAGACAAGCUCACGCAGCACGCCGGCUGCCCCGUCCUUUACGGAUCCAAGUGGAUCGCCAACAAGUGGUUCCGUUUCUACAGCAACGUGUUCCGGCUGCCCUGCUGCACAGACCGGAAUGCCUCCCUGGCACCCCUUGUCUGAUGAGCUUUUAAAGGCCUCGCGCCUGUCCCUACAAUGUGGACCUACUUCAGCAUUCGGCGUUAUACCUGGACUCUUUAUCAGCCACAAAGAUAUUUGGAGA